AUGCGUUUCGAUAUCUUCACUGUCCUCGCCUUCGCUGGUCUUGCCAUGGCCGCCAAGACUAUCCCCUCCGGAGAGAAGUGCAAGAAGGAUGGAAGCAUGGGCAACUGCGAGAGCAAAGUCUGCAUUGUAAGACCUCAGAUCCCAUGGAUAUAUCACAAGAUGGCUAACCCUACUCUGCAGCAACCCGCCAAGGCCAACAUUGGCAAGUGCAAAUAA